CCCACCUUGCGCGUGCGCAGUGGGCCCACCCGACUGAGGCGGAGGCUGAGGCGUCGUCCGGGGCGGCUGCGGCCUGUGAGGCGGGCGGGAAUCGAAGCGACGGGCCUCGAGAAGCAGAGGAGGAGGGCGGGCGGGAGGGCGGCCAGGCGGGCGAGGGGGUGCCCGGCCAUGGAGGCGAAGAGCUCCCCGUCCUCGUCGCUGUCGUCCACGGCGGCCGCGCGGCCCGUGAAGGGCAUCCUGAAGAACCCUUCCAGCAUCUCCGGCCUGAGCCUAGGCCUCGACAUGGGCCUGCCCUCCCCGCCCCGGAGCGGCAGCGCGCACCGCGAGCGCGACAGGGAGGCGCCGAAGGACGGCGAGGCGGCGGAGAAGCGCGCCCGCCCGCUCGAGACCCGGCCCAGCGUCGAAGGGAAGAAGUCUGCCAAGUGGGAUGAGAUGAACAUCCUGGCCACCUACCACCCGGCUGGGAAGGAUUAUGGCCUCAUGAAGAUUGACGAGCCCAGCACCCCCUACCACAGCCUAGUGAUCGAUGAGGAGGGGGAGGCACACAGCGAUGAGGAGCAGGAGACCCCCACCGCCGACCUCCUGGCCCGGAAGUUGGCUGCAGCAGAAGGCAAGGGGCCGAGGGCCUUGGCCCAACAGGAAGAGAGCAGCGAUGAAGGCGAAGACGAGACAGACCUCACCCCGGAGGAACGAGAGAAAAAGAGGCAGUUUGAAAUGAAGAGGAAGAUGCAUUACAAUGAAGGCCAGAACAUCAAACUGGCCCGGCAGCUGAUUGCGAAGGAGCUACGCGGAGGAGGCGCCAACGAGGUGGAAGAUGAGGACGAAGAGGAUGACGAUGAGGACGAAGAGAUGCAGGACACCACUGACUUGGGGGGGAUGAGCCCAGAUCUUGGGGGUUAUUCAAGGAGCCAUGAGGGAGCGGCACCCCUACUCCCAUGAGAAUCCUACCUGUUGGGCUCCAGCCCUGCUUCCCCUUCGCUAGAGACUCCCCUUUGAAUCCUCCAAGAAGCAGCUUCCUCCACUAGGUGAGGACUGGCUGUUGUUCUGGGACCAGUGGGGGGAGGGGGUCUGCAGAGGGGGGUCGCAUAAAGUAUGGCUGCAUUUCUUUAUCUCAUUUGGAAAUCCCUCAAUUUGGCUGCGUUAUUGCCACCUGUCCGUUGCCUCUUUGGAGUUCACAGAAUUGUGUCCUGCUGCUCUGUAUCAGUCUUCAUUUUACCCCCUGCCCUGCCCUGCCUGAGUCAACUUCUGGAGCAAAUUAUCUCCCCGCACCCUGUCUCUCUCCCCUGGGAGAUGGUCUGCCUGCUGUCUGCUGCAGUGGCCCCCAAGACUUGACCUGCCCCCUUUCUAGUGCAGGGCUCCAUGACUGAUUGAGCUGCGAAGGGGGAGGCGUAAUAAUGUUUAUGCAGGGAUUCUUUGAGACCUGAAAAGUAUUUGGGGGGUCCUUCCAGGGUAAGAAAAGGAUGGGGAGGAUUCCAGGCCAGUGAAGAAUUCUGGAGAAUUGAGAAAAACUCAUGCCUUUGUGGUUUUUGUUUGAUGUGGUGCAAGGUACCAUCUGUGGCAAGGGGGGGGGGGGGCUCUCUCUUGUUUAGGGAAUCAGGAUAAAAUUGAGGGAUGGAGGGUGUGAUUUGCAAGGCUGAAGGGCCUGAGUGGGCAGCCUUAUGGUGCUGCAGUUCAAGGGAGCAAAGGAGCUGCUGGGCACCUGGGGCGCUGAUGCAUCCCACUGUGUGUAGGGGACAGCUCUGUUGCAUGUGCACUGCAUAAAAAGGGUAUCCCUUGUCACCACAGUGUUUCUGGAAGCCGCUUUGUCUUUUCAGAAGUAUAGUAAAGGCAGUACCACUGCCUUGAUGUAAUGUGAUGUAGUGUCAUGUACUUUCCUGGGGCUGUA